AUGAUUGCUUCGGCCACUCCUCGACCCGAACGUUACGUCCUGUCGCCCGUGUCGCCUCAUGCCAAGGUCGAAAUGUCCAAAAAUGACCCUUCUUCAUUCUACAAAUCCGAGGUGCGACUUCCGCCAAUGCGGGUUCUGGACACCCAGCCAUCCCAGCUGCCAGUGAACAUUCCGCCAUUGAACUAUACCCCGUUUGACAGUGCCAGUGCGAGUGUCAGUGCAAACGCCAACUCAAACGCCAAUGUAAACGCCAAUGGAAACGCCAGUGUUGGAAACACCCCCAAUCCUGUUCCCCACAGUCUGCCCCCACCGGCUCCAACACACUCCAUGUCUUCCACGCCCAUCUCCACCCCGGCGCCCAUUUCUACCACUCCUAUUCCUCAUCUUCACUCGCAGGCUCCCACUCCACAGCCUGUUCAGCAGCAGUCUGUUCAAUCUGUUCAACCUGUUCAACCUGUUCAGCACCAGCACCAGCACCAGCACCAGCACCAGCACCAGCCCCAACAUGUCCAGCAUAUGCCGCUGAACCAACCUCCUCUUCUUCACCAACCAACUCCCCUCCCCCCUCCCCCCCAGCAUAAUACAACCCCCCAGCCUUAUGGCCACCCCAUUCCUCCCCCCAUGCCCAUGACCCACCCCAUGAUGCCUCCCUACUACACGCCCUUCUCGGGCCAGGACUUCAAGCGCAAGACGUUCGAGUCCAAGGACACGGCCUCCCACAUGUACCAGAUGAUCUCGCAACUGGAGACCUUUGUGCAGAACCACGGUGGAGACAUGCGGAACAUGGCCCACGCCGCCUCGUCCCCACACUCACCUCUGCCCUCCAUCGACGCACUCAACGCCAUGAUCCUGCGGCUCAGAAGCUGCUCGGCCAUCUUUGACGAGUGGAGAGACAAUGUGGUGGCUAUCCACCAGGCCGCCGCCUCGUCCCAGACCACAAAUGCCCAGUACCCUCCCAAAACCACCCCUCCCGCCUCGCCGCUCUUCAUUAACACAAACACCAAGCGAAAGCGCAAACGAUCUCGAUCCGACGCCUCUACCACGGUCUGUAGAGGCUGUGGAACCACCGAGACUCCAGAGUGGAGAAAGGGUCCCGAGGGAGCACGAACCCUGUGCAAUGCCUGUGGACUAUACCAUGCCAAGCUGGCCAAGCGAAAAGGUAUCAAUGUUGCCGGAGAAGCCAUUCGUCAGAAGCGAAUGCGAACUAAUUUGAGCGAGUAG